AGGAGUACCUUUUGUGAUGCCAAAGGUAAAUACUCAAGAGAACCCUGAGAUAAACACGAAGUACGCUAAAAGUAAGUUAUUUGGAUGAAUUAGGUCUUUUUGAUACCUGGAAUGAGUUUAAGGUAGAGGAAUGGUUCAAAUUAAGUAUAAUUUGCUAAGGAGAAGAAGAGGAAGUUUAACAAUGAGAUGAAAGUGGCUUUGUUGGUCACAGAAGGGGAUAAAGUCAGAAUUUAUAGAGAGACUGUCAAUUUAAACCUCAGUGGAAAAAGUCUUAAGAAAAGUAAUUGCUCCAUCAUUAGUGCCAACAUUCGAAAAAGAAGGAAAGAGAGAUAUAACAACUUAACAAAAGACCAAAUGCCCAUCUGUAACAAAUAACGUCUCUGCAAGAGUAGACACCAACCUCAAAAAUGCUCAAAACUCCCUCCGAGCCCACUUACGCCAGAGAGAACUCCUUUCAAAAUCAGUCUCUCACCAAAAAUAACCCUCCUUUCCACAUCCCCUCUCUAAACCCCAGCCAUCACCCUGGCACCACCCUCCACCCCCCUCAUCCCUCCAUUCACCCCUCUUCCCAACUCUCCUCACCUAAAAAGCCCUCGCCUAUCUCCAAGACCAAGAGCAACCUUGACCUAUUCCACGAGAUCAAAUAUCCACACAACUCCAAAUAACCAACUCUCUUCUUAGCCCAAAGUAAUCG